CAUUAGCUGCAGCCGGACUGUUGUUCAAGGACAGAGCUUGAAGCGGAACUUUUGUUACCCUUGUGCUUCAACGGGGAAUGAAAACAACGUCGGACCGAUGUGGGCGUGCUUCCUGUUUUGAAGGAAAUCGACUGGCGUGAGUGAACUGACGAGCGGGGCAGCCAUGCCUUUCCUCCAUGGCUUCCGAAGGAUCAUUUAUGAGUAUCAGCCGCUCGUAGAUGCCGUAAUGUGCGUUGUUGGACUGGAGGAAGGAGAUGGCGCUCGGGACGACAGAGUCCAGAGUCCUGAGGAUGAAGCCGGUCUCUGUAGCUCCCUGGCCGAGCUUCUGGAGCGGGAGUCCCAGUCAGAAGUGUUUGUGGAAGGCAUCAGCUAUGCUCUGUUUAAGGUGGCAGAGAGGGGACUGGUGUGCGCGGCUGAAAUCCUUCUACGCUAUGGAGCUGAUCUGAACUUUGAAGAUCCAGUUUCUUACUACAAUCCUCUGCAUAUAGCAGUUCUGAGGAACAGGCCAAACAUGGUGAGGCUGCUGGUCGGCCACGGAGCAGACAUUGAGAAGAGGGACAGGAUCCACGAGAGCAGUCCUUUGGAUCUGGCGAGUGAGGAAUCGGAGCGGCUGCCCUGCCUGCGGACCCUGCUGGAUAUGGGCGCCGACGUGAAUGCAAGGGAUAAACACGGGAAAACGCCUUUGCUCCAUGCCUUGGCCAGCAGCGAUGGGCUCACUGUGCACAACACUGAGAACAUCCAGCUCCUGCUUCAGAGAGGUGCUGACAUCAAUGCUGCUACCGUAGACGGCGAAACAGUUGAGUCCUCGUUGGUGUUUCUGGUGAAGGAGGCUCUGGAGGCCAGCGCGGAGGACGCCGCUGCCAUCGGUACCUUCUGCCUGAAGACCACCCAGCUGCUGCUUGCUCACGGUGUGGACCCCAGCUGCUGUCUGAACGAGGAUGGCGAGCCCUCGCUGACGCAGACGAGCCUGGAGCACUUUGACCUGCUCUUCCCUCUGGCGGUGCUCUUGAUCCAGAGCCGAGCCUCUUUGGUUUGCUCUUAUCACGGCGACUCCUGUUGGUCGGGCUACAGCCUCCUUUUCCAGCGGCUGCAGACAGCCCUGCAGCAGUGCUCUGAUCAAAGUCACGCCUCCGAGCUGCUGGAGCAAGCCGAGGUGUUGCUCGACAUGGCGAGGGUGGACAUUCUCGCUCAGCACGUGCCUGCCCGGCUGGAGCUCCCUGCGCCCGGGCAGGACCCUAACCCUUACGCUCAGGCUCUGGUAGACCUGCACCACCGCGUCGUAGAUCGUGAAGCAAGCCCUCCUUCUCUGCGAUGCCUCUGUAGGGCUUUCAUAAGGAGUCAGCUACAGCCUUGGCCCCUGGAAGACCGAGUCAGAGCUUUGCCUCUGCCGGACAGACUGAAAGACUUUCUUCUUCCUGAGCACACAUACACCCCGAAGCCGGGCUGGGACUGCUUCAAGCCCCAGCAUAGCCAGCGCUGACCAUGAAAGGACGCGCUCGGCCAGAAGUGAACCUAAACCUAACACACCGCCGAGCUCUUUGUUGAAUCGUCACCGUGUGUCGUUGUCUGUGCCAAACCUACAGGAAAAUGUGUGUGUGUGUGUGUGUGUGUGUUUACGCUAACACACGAAGUGAUGUUUGUACAAAUUAGCCUUUGAGUUGUGGCUCCGUUUUCACUGUGGUGGUUAAACGGCUGUACAUUUUGUUGAGCCAUGUUGUCAUGUAAAGGACGUUGCAGUGCACAACAAAAGGCACCAGAUGGCAGUGUUGCUCCUGCGUAUCAAAAGGCGGCUCAGAUGUCAGGGUCACACACUUAGUUAUUCACAGUGCAGCCCAUUCCAGCACAGCUGGAUCCAUCUAUAUUUCAUCUCUUCGGCGAGAUGGUGGCGUUUUGUUGAAGUUGUGCAUCUUUUCACUUAACAUGAAGCAGGACCAAUAAAACAGUCCCACCUUCA